AUGGAGACUUCAUUUUCCGGGAAUCUGAAUCAGAGAAAGAAAAUCAAUUCUGGGGAGUACCCAGAAACGGAGUUUUUAAAAGCAUUUGCUGAAAUGGCGAGAAGGGUUUGGUUGGAUUUGCGAUCUGAAACUCCUCUAUCACAGGUGAGGAGGCUACCUUCUGAAACUCCAAAAAUUUGCAAUAUUUGCCUCGCAAGCUUCUCUCUCAUUGGUUCUCCACCACCUUUUUCUAAUUCGGUGAACUUAAAAUGUUCCCUCCCUCGCUUUAACUAUCAUAAAGCCAUUGCUGAACUGAAGAAAAACAGAGUGAAGAAACAGAGGCCAGAGAUGGUGGUGAACUCCGGUGAGCCUACGACGGAGCCAUGGUUCAAACCCAAGAAAGGAAGCGUAAUUCCGGCGAAGAGAAGGUCUGUGAAGAAGAUGAUGUUCGACUCCAUGGUUCAAUCUGUUGCUUCUCUGUUUCAAUCUUUCUCUUUUUGUUUCUGUGGCAGCUCUGAUAUGAAACAGAGCAACAAAUGAAAAGAUCGAUAACGGGAAGAAAAAGAAGAAGAAGAAGAACAACAACAACUAGAUCAAGUGUGUCUUUCCAUACGCAUAGGGUUCCGUUUGUAAUUACCAAUUGAAUUCUGUCUUCUACCACAUAUUUUUUCAUUUAGAUUGUCUGAAAAUGU